CGUACAACGACGAUAACGAGGAGAUUGGAGGGUACUUUUGUUAGCCAACGCUAAUUUCGCUCCUCGAACCUUCACUAAUCUGAGGGCUGAAAAUGUCAACGAGUGACUUCUAUCUGAGGUAUUACGUUGGGCACAAGGGAAAGUUUGGACACGAGUUCCUGGAAUUUGAGUUCAGACCCGAUGGUAAACUGAGGUAUGCAAACAACAGCAACUACAAGAACGAUGUCAUGAUCAGAAAAGAGGCUUAUGUGCACAAGAGCGUGAUGGAAGAGCUAAAGAGGAUCAUUGAUGACAGUGAAAUUACUAAGGAAGACGAUGCCCUUUGGCCACCCCCAGAUAGAGUUGGCAGACAGGAGUUGGAAAUUGUCAUUGGAGACGAACACAUUUCAUUCACAACUUCCAAAAUUGGCUCUUUAAUCGAUGUCAACCAGUCCAAGGAUCCUGAAGGUCUUCGUGUAUUCUACUACCUGGUUCAAGAUCUGAAAUGCCUGGUGUUCAGUCUCAUUGGCCUACACUUCAAAAUCAAGCCUAUUUAAAAUGUGGAUUUUACUCUUGUUUGAAUGCUUUGGUUAAUGUUUAUCCUGUUUGUAUCUACAGCAUUUGUGUACAUUUGCUUUUGAUGAUUUUUUUUUGUAAUUUUAAAUAAAUGAUGAAAAACUGAAUUUAUUGGUCAGUU